GUAAUUGGAAUGAUGUUCCUUUUUUUGUUAUUUGCUAUCUUUCAGCUAUAUCUUCACAUGGCACCCAGAGCUUCCUGCCAAAGCCAUGCAUAGAAGCCUCUUCCCAAAAUGUGUCACUGGGUACAUGGAAACAUCAUGCCCUUGAGAAUUUACACUUGAUAAACUGCGACGGUGAUAGAAAGAAUGAAGCGCAUCAGAAGUUUUAUGAAGGACGUGGUCCAAUUGAGACGAGUGCCCAUAAUAAGAACCUCACGGCCGCAAGUGGUGAAGGACAUAAAACAUCUUGGAAAACCGCCCUUUUUACAUCCACUAUUUGUGCAAAGGAGUAUGCGUCUGUAAGAAGUUCCAAUCUAAUACACAAACAUACAUAUUUGUGCAAUGAAAAUUUGGAACAUUUGGAAAGUUACCCCAUCCACACUGAAAACAAUGCUUUGAGCCAUUGUGAAAGUGGGAUUGGAUUGACAUUUCAGUCAAAUAUUUCUAAAACUCAGAGAUUCAAAAAUGAAGAUAAAAGGCCUAGGACGUGUCAAUUUGGGAGGCGCUUCAUAGAGGAGGUGGCCCUGCAACAUUACCAGAGCAUUUUCAGUGGAGAUACACUGGCUCAAUACAGUGAAUCUGAGACACAGUCUAACCAGGGCUCCCAUGUUAGCAAACAUCUGAGGACUCUGCAAGAAAACCAUUUUGAAUCUAAUAAAGAUGAGGAAGUCUUUUACCCAAACUCCAAACGUACCAAGAGUAAGAGAAUGCAGAGGGUAGAAAAUACUUCUAAAUAUGAUGAAUGUGGGAAAGCUCUGAAGCAGUCCUCCAGUAUUGCUGAUCAUCAGAGGAUUCGUGUGGGGGAAAACCCAUACACAGGUAAUGAAUCUGGGAACAUGUUUAGUGAAUCGUUAAGUCUAAAUAUGUAUAAGACAAGUGGUACUGGAGAGAAAAGGUACAUUUGCAAGGAAUGUGGCAAAACCUUUGUCAGACACUCAACACUAUCUCAACAUCAGCAAAUGCAUACUGCAAAGAAAAUUGACAACUGUGAAGAAGGUAGUCAAACCUUUAAGGAUGGGUCAUCACUCCAUGCAGACAGGCGAAUCCGUACUGCACAGAAACCUUACAAAUGUCAACAAUGUGGCAAGGCCUUUAGCCAGCAAUCAUUGCUUACUCAGCAUCAAAGAAUCCACACUGGAGAGAAACCCUAUGAAUGUCAAGAAUGUGGCCAGGCCUUUAAAUGUCACUCAUACCUUAUUAAACAUCACAGAACGCAUACUGGAGAGAAACCUUACAAAUGUCAAGAAUGUGGCAAGGCCUUCAAGCAGCAAUCAUCCCUUACUAAGCAUCACAGAAUACAUACCGGAGAGAAACCUUACAAAUGUCAAGAAUGUGGCAAGGCCUUUAGCCACCGAUCAUCCCUUGCUCAGCAUCACAGAAGGCAUACUGGAGAGAAACCUUACAAAUGUCAAGAAUGUGGCAAGGCCUUUCCCCAGCAAUCAUCCCUUAGUCGACAUCACAGAAUUCAUACUGGAGAGAGACCUCACAACUGUCAAGAAUGUGGCAAGGCCUUUAUCCACCCAUCAUCCCUUACUCAGCAUCACAGAAUCCAUACUGGCGAGAAACCUUACCAAUGUCAAGAAUGUGGAAAAGCCUUUAAGUGUUCCUCACGACUUACUGAACAUCACAGAAUUCAUACUGGAGAGAAACCCCACAAAUGUAAAGAAUGUGGCAAGGCCUAUAAAGCGUACUCACAGCUUACUCAACAUCACGUAAUUCAUACCGGAGAGAAACCUUACAAAUGUAAAGAAUGUGGUAAGGCCUUUAGCAGAUACUCAACCCUUUUUCUACAUCGCAUAAUUCAUACCGGACAGAAACCUUACCAAUGUAACAAAUGCAGCAAAACCUUUAAUUUACCUUCAAGGCUUACUCAGCAUCACAGAAUCCAUACUGGAGAGAAACCUUACAAAUGUCAAGAAUGUGGAAAGGUCUUUAGCCAGCAAGCAUCCCUUAGUCAGCAUCAGAGAAUUCAUAGUGGAGAGAAACCUCACAAAUGUCAAGAAUGUGGCAAGGCCUUUAGGUUGAAGUCAAACCUCAAUGACCAUCACAGAAUUCAUACUGGAGAGAAACCUUUCCAAUGUCAACAAUGUGGAAAAGCCUUUAGGAUUAAGUCAAACCUUAAUGGCCAUCACAAAAUUCAUACUGGAGAGAAACCUUACCAAUGUCAGAUAUGUGGCAAGGGCUUUACCAAAUGCUCAGAACUUCAUCAGCAUCACAGAAUUCAUACUUGAGCCAACCUUACCAAAGCACCGUGUGCAAAAGACUUUAAUCACCAAUCAUCCUUUAUUCAAGAUUACAGAAAUCAUCUUGGAGCAAAUGUUACAGAGUUUAAGACUGUGAAGGAAUUUUCCCCCAUUUUUUAAAAAGUUUUUCUUCGAUAGAAUGAGUGGGAGGGUGCAGAGGCAGACACACACACAGAAUGAAAAGCAGGUUCCAGGCUCCGAGGUUUCGGCACAGACAGCUCAGAGCCUGAUGCAGGGCUCGAACCCAUAAACUGCUAUAUCAUGACAUGAGGUGAAGUUGGAUGCUUCACCGACUGAGCCACCCAGGCACCAGAAGACUGUGAGAGAACUUUUAAGGAGGGGUCAUCGCUACUCCACAUCACAGAAUCCACACUGAGGAUUAACGAUACCCAAGUAAACAAUGUGGCAAGACCUUAACCAAUGCUGAUCCCUGAUUUCUUGUCAGAGAAUGUGUUAUAGAGAUGAUUUUCCACAAAAAAAGAGUCUGGGAAGCCCUUUAAUGGUGCUCAAGCCUCAUUCCACACCACCAAAU